AUACUUGCUUAAAAUUGACGGCUUUUUAUUGCAGUAUGGUAGCAGCUUUUGGUUCUGGAGCCAUGUUUUCAUUGGUGAGUGGCAUGGGUGGCCCCAACCAGGUAGCAAAUGCAGCCACUUCUGGACUUUUCUUCGCACUUGUUCAAGGUGGACUUUACCAGUUGGGGCAAAAGUUUUCUCAACCACCAGUUGAAGAUAUUUACUAUGCUAAAACAAGAGGCAUGUUGAGUAACCUUGGCCUUCAGAAUUAUGAGAAGAAUUUCAAAAAAGGGCUAUUAACGGACAGUACUUUGCCUUUGCUCACAGAUAGUGCGCUUAGAGACGUGAGGAUCCCACCCGGACCACGACUUCUCAUUCUCGAUCACAUUCAGAGGGACUCAGAGCUAAAGGGUAAACGAGGAAAGUGAGCUGUUCUUUGAAUCUUGUUUGGCUGCCAUUCGACAAUUUGUUUCACCAGUUUAGAGUAUUAAAGGCAGUGAGGGAGGGGAUAUCAUAUAUGUUUUUGAAGUGGGAUAAUGUCAUUUUGUUGUUUUCUUCAUUUUUUGUCCUGUUUAGUUUCAUCAAAUUGCGAAAAUUUCCCAGAAUAAUUCUGAUUUAGCGUUAUGUCUUUCUCAA